AUGUCAUUACCAGUUUAUAACUCUCAAUUGCUGGUUCAGCGAGACGACGUGCCACCGUUAGUGAUCAAUCCGAACAACCCCCCACCAUGGCUGCAGAACAGCACAGCUCAAAUCGUCUACGUGCAGAACUAUGUACAGCCAUAUAUGCCCGUAGAUCAGAAUGUAUAUUUACAACAGUACGUCCAAAACCCCAUGUAUGUGAACGUGGACCCACGAUUUAUCGUAGAAUCGAACCAGAUUUAUCAAAACCCACCGAUUACCCAAGAUAAGACAAAUUUCAUGCAAAUCCGUCCGAUGCGACCAACACGCAGCGUCCGACCGAGGGCAUACCGACAGAUUCAGCCUAGAGUAAGAUACCCUAACAACAUCCAGAGAGUACAGAACAUGCAAAUGAACGAAAUGAAUGGUCUUUCUAAUGUUAGAUCAAUGAAUGUGAUGAAUGGAGUUAAUUCUGCAAAUGUUAGAGGAAUACAUGAUGCAAGCAUGUCAGGGGAUAGUUUAAACCCAAAUAUCAAUAUAUCAAUGACAAACGCAAUCAAUGGAGCUAUGACAAGUGACAAUUCAAAUCUAAAUACCAAUAGAGUAACAAUGGGGAAUGUUGCCAUAAAUGGAUCAAUGGCAAGUGACAAUUUAAAUCUAAUUAACAAUAGAGUAAGUAUGGGGAAUGUUGUCAUAAACGGAGCAAUGACAAACGACAAUUUAAAUAUAAAUAACAAUAGAGUAAGUAUGGGGAAUGUUGCCAUAAACAGAGCAAUGACAAGCGACAAUUUAAAUCUAAAUAUGCAUAGAGAAGCUAUGGCGAAUGUUUCCAUAAAUGGAACAAUUUCAACGAAUGUAAACAUAAACGGAGCAAGCAAUUUUAAUAACCCCAAUAAUGCUAUAAAUGGGGUAAUUAAUAAUAGUUUAAACGCAAAUGAAAAUACAAUUAUGACGAAUGUUAUAGGAACAAUGAAUGCAACUCCCAUAAAUGGACAAAUAAAUGCGUCGAAUCGAGUGUCCCAAGUACCAAAUAUGACUCAUAUGUCAAUAAAUACAUUCAAAGCAAUGUCUAAUGCAGCAAGCAAUUGUGAUAUAGGCCCUAAUACAUUACACCGUAUGACAGAUAAUGGCGUAGUAAUGUCAAACGUCGCCCCAAAUUCUAAUCUAUAUUUGCCUAGUAAUGGGGUAAAUUGUAUAAACACCCCUGUAAUGUCUAAUACAAGUAGUACAAUCACCAAUAUGGCCAAAAAUGAUGCACCAAAUUUGACAGCUUAUAAUGCAACUGUUAAAAAUGUCCCAAGUUUAAUAAGUGUUAACGCAAAUGGAGCCAUUAAUGUUGCUAAAAGUGUACCAUUACGUAAUGUUGCUGUUAAUAAUGCAGUGGCUACAGUUGCUAAAAUCCCAAAUUCAAUCAAAAGUAUUGGUCCAAAUUCUGUAAAUACUACAAAUGGGCCUAGUCUUGGUACAAAUGCUGUAAAUGCCACAAAUGGACCUGCACCAAAGGGAUUGGCUCGUGUACCAGUAGCUGCAAAUGUAAAUAUCGUUGGUCCUACUAAAUCAACCCCGACAAAAGUAAAACUUGAAAGGAAUAAUCCAAAAAUUGGACAUAACAAAAUCAUAAAUGCUAAUCUAGAUAAUCCAAAUGAUGUCGAAGAUAAGCCAGCUCAGACUGAAUCCAAAGAUAAUACACGUAACGAAGAUCGAAAACGUAAAAGUGAGUCUCCUGAUGAACUCAAAAGUAAAUUGCUCGUACUAGAUAUUAAUGAAGAUAAAUUACAACGAAAAACUGUGUUUACACAAGCAAGAGGAAGAAUUUUGAAAGUCGAUACGAAGGAAAAUAUUCCAUUUGAUGAAGAUAUUAAUAAAAUUAAUAAGGCGUUUAAUAAAGACGUUAAUGAUAAAGACUAUGUCUUGACACAUGUUUUGGAUGGUUUCGUUAUACAAGAGUCCAAUGUGGCCUUUCCGAUUCACAAACCGAUCGUUGAAAAAACGAUUCGUCUCAGUUCAGAUGCCCUCAAAGAUUUGGAGGAUGAGAUACCGUUGGUUGCAAUUGUGAAAGAGACAAACAUACAGGCAGAUAAAGAGAAAUCGAAUGAGAAAGAAUUAUUAAAUGAAAAACAAGCGAAGAUAAAGAAAACGGAAUGUCUGAUUAGUAAUGGAAACCCAUUCAGUCGCCUAACACCAGAUGCUAUCAAAAAUUGGACGAUAGAACAACUGACCAACCACUUGUCAAGCAGUGGUUGGAAGGGGACGUCGUCAUCAUUCUACGAGCACGAAAUCGACGGCGAAUCACUCCUGCUAGUUUCAAAAUCACAGUUGCUAACUAUAGGCGUUAAAGAAGAGCAGGCUGACGUUAUAAUCGCAUUUGUUAACAGUGGUAAAAGUUAG